ACAAAAAGCACAGCUGCACAAAAUUACAAUUAAAAAAAGAAAUAAAAUUGUCUUUUUGAGUGUCUAUAUUGUUUAUGAUAAAUGCAAUUAUUCUUUAGAGCACUAACCUAAUUGGUCUCUCACACAUGCACCUACACACACAAAAAAAGUUGCUUUUUAAUGUUAUGAUAUGUAUUAUUCUUAUUUUGACGCCCACAAGUCAAACGCAGUCAGUCUGAACUGAAUCUAUCACUCACAUAACACUUUUAAUUGGUGCGCCAUAAUGCAUUUACUAUAACGUGAUAUCUAGUUCAAAUUAAAUCAGGAAUAAUGUUCAAGGGCAGGAGGGUUUGUUUCCUUGUUUACAAUUUUGUUUUGUGUUUUCUAUGAAGAAAGUAGCUGGGAUUUCUGACAUUGUUUUGUUGCAUACGUUCAACCUAAAAUGACAGAAAACCUGAAUUUACAAAAGAAAAAAAGCUAAUUUUACCUUUCACUUAGUGUACAUAGAAAACUUUGCAAACAUCACUUCAUUUUGACAGUAACAAAGACCCAGUGCUCUUUCUCUCACACACAGUGUGAAGUAAAUCUCGGUUAAAAAGCAACCCAAAUAAGCACUUCCUCCAGGUACUUUAGGUCCUCUCAGGUCUGAUUAAAUCUAUGUACUAAAAUGCAACAAAGGACACUGCAGAAAGACACGAAAAUAAGCAGCAGAAGAGGGUCUCUCCUCUCCACGUGUGAACGCAUAUCAUGGCAGACUCUUCUGAGGGAGGGGAGGAGUAACCACACACACACAUUUACACACACACACACACACACUCGCUCCGCCAUGCUAGUACGGAGGCUAUGCUCUCGUCGCUGCUCUCUGACCCCAGUGGCAGUCCUUUCUUCCUCUACUGCGGUCUAGACUCACUCCCCCUCUCCGCCAGUCAGAGCGAGGCUCUCGCCGCCUGCCUGCGCCGCUUUUCCCGCGUCUCGCCGCCAGCUUCGCCGGAGGGUCUCCCAGGGUCGAGGGUCCUGCCCCUGGCCGGCUCCGAGUGCCACCUCUUCGGCUACCGACAUCUGCAUUCCCCGGCGCGCAUGGAGCAACAUCUUUAGAGAUAGCAUCUCGUCCAGCAUCUCGGCGCUUUCAAGGGUUCUUUUCAGCGUUUAAGUGGUGGUUCUGAAGGAUGCCGACUGCGUGGGUCGCUCCAGGGUCCUGGUGAAGUGUCUCAUGUGUCACGUGGAGAAAGAAUGGCCCACGGAAUGCCGUCACAAGGCAAAGUGACCAUCUCGGUGGACGAGUACAGCUCCAACCCCACGCAGGCCUUCACCCACUACAACAUUAACCAGAGCCGCUUUCAACCGCCACACGUGCAUAUGGUGGACCCCAUCUCGUACGACAGUCCCAAGCCGAGUGGCCACACGCGUUUUGUGUGUGUGUCGGACACACAUUCUCGGACAGAUGGCAUCCAGAUGCCUUACGGGGACGUUCUGCUGCACGGGGACUUCACCGAGCUGGGCCUGCCCUCGGAGGUCAAGAAGUUUAACGACUGGUUAGGCAGCCUGCCGUACGAGUUUAAAGUGGUGAUCGCUGGGAAUCACGAGCUGACCUUCGAUAAGGAUUUCAUGACGGAGCUGGUCAAGCAGGAUUACUAUCGCUUUCCCUCCGUGUCCAAGUUGAAACCCGAGGACUUUGACAAUGUUCAGUCUCUCCUGACAAACUGUGUUUACCUGCAGGACUCUGACGUCACCGUCAAGGGCUUUCGAAUAUAUGGUGCACCAUGGACGCCGUGGUUUAAUGGCUGGGGUUUUAACCUGCCCAGGGGACAGUCCCUGCUCGAUAAGUGGAACCUCAUCCCAGAGGGCAUCGAUAUUCUCAUGACCCAUGGGCCGCCCCUCGGUUUUAGGGACUGGGUACCGAAGGAGCUGCAAAGAGUUGGUUGUGUUGAGCUGUUAAAUACAGUCCAGAGGAGAGUCCGGCCCAAGCUCCACGUCUUCGGGGGAAUUCAUGAAGGUUACGGCAUUAUGACCGAUGGGUACACAACAUUCAUCAACGCCUCUACCUGUACAGUCAGCUUUCAGCCCACAAACCCCCCCAUCGUGUUCGACCUCCCGAACCCCCCCAGCUCUUGAGACUCCCGCCAACGUCGGCCGUAUUCUCCUUAUGUUUUCUAACAGUAUUUUGAAAGAAAAAAAUAGUUGAAUGUUUCUUUUCGAACGGCCGGGAAGUUUCCUAUGACGGACGGGGGUCAUGCAGUCGUCUCGUACAGAAGUGGUGAACAAUCUUAUGAAAAGAUCUGAUUAAAUCUGUAAGAUAAUAAGCUUUGUGAAUUUGUAAAAUUGUCUCUUUUUUUUUUGUCAGUAUGUUGGUAUGGGACGCCAUUGUUCAGUUUGUAUAUUCUUUUUUUUUCAGGAUAAUUAAGCUUUCUUUUAGCUGACAGGGAUAAUGCCUUAAACUAGCUUUAAGUUCCCCCGGCUGGAGCCCCUUCUUUCUGCUAGCCAAGAGAAAGCGUCAUAUUUAUUGGGUUUUUUUUAUCCAAAACUAAGGGGAUUUCUUUUUUUUUCUUUUCUUUUUUUUGCAUUCAAAGAACACUUUCUUACAAGCGCAGGGAAGACAUGGAUGCAUUUUAACUCAUGUAUAUUCUGGAGCGCCUCAGUCUGCAUAGAAAUUGGAAAAUGUCUUAAAAUAUGAGUAUAUCUAUAUGUAUGUGUGUAAGCUGUAAAAUCUCUAACUAAAAUUGUGUUUGUUCUAAGCCUCUUGAAGAAUAUCAUUUUGCCUGUAAGUGAUGACUUAAAGUGCGUCAGUCGCACACAUGCUCUUUUCUGUUUUUAUGAAAUGUUCCUCUGAAGCUCAUUCAGUGUUGCCUACUUUACGGCGUAUUGUUCCAUACAAUAAACGAGUAAUCGAGUUGAAAUUAUUUUAAUGUACAAUCUCAAAGGUUGUUUUUGUUUUUUUUUCUUUGAACCUGCUGAAACCAGGUUUAGUUGUCCUUUGGUAUCUUGCGUAUGAUAGUUUUUGUUUUUCUCCUUUUUUUUUUUUGUAAUUUUGCACUGUGUAAAUGCAGUCUUGCUAGCACAAAAAAAAAAUUAUGCCAAUAAUUGUUUCAACUCUUGCCACUGUAAAUGCCUCUCAGCUUUUCUUUUUUCGGUUACAGUCUCAUUCCUGGAAAGGUUUAGAUACGUUUCUUCUCUCUCUUUAUUUUUUCUUCAGGUUUCAUUGUGAUAUAUUUAGCUGCCUUUAUAUGCAAAUAAAAUUGCAAGAUUUUUACUUCUAAA